CGCCGCGUGUCCGAGCGGGGAAGGCGGCUGCGGGGCCCGGUCUCUUCGUCUUCUCCUCCGGAGCCAUGAGUUGCCCAGUGACCUGCGCGGCCUGGGUGCCUCGUGGCGUUGCCAAGGAAACGCCCGACAAGGUCCAACUCGACAAGGAGGAACUGAAGCGCUUGAUCUCUGAUGCCAAGGAGAGACUGCAGACAGAAGAUAGUGAUGAUGAUGAACAUGAAGAGGCUUCAAGAGAUGCCAUGGAUGUUACUGAUGCUGGAGCAGGUACCUCUACUUCCCAAGAGGAGGACCCUGAAGAGUCUGAAAAGCUGGAUGAUGAUGAACUGGCAGAAUAUGACUUGGAUAAUUAUGAUGAGGAAACUUCAGGUGCUGAGAGUCUUGGAGAUACCCUAGCGGGUCUUACAGUAUAUGGAAGUAAUGAAAAUGAUCCUUACAUCACUAUAAAAGAUACUGAUCAGUAUGAGUCAGAGGACUUUGUGAUUAAACCCAGUGACAAUCUUGUAGUAUGUGGUAGAGUUGAUAAGGACCAUUGCAGUUUAGAGAUACAUGUUUAUAAUCAUGAAGAGGACUCCUUUUAUGUCCAUCAUGAUCUCAUCUUAUCUGCGUACCCAUUAAGUGCAGAAUGGCUGAACUUUGACCCUAACCCAGAUGAUUCUACAGGAAAUUAUAUUGCAGUGGGCACAAUGAGUCCUGUGAUUGAAGUGUGGGACCUUGAUGUAGUAGACUGUUUAGAACCAGUCUUUUCCCUUGGAAGCAAGAAAGGAAAAACAAAGAAAAAGAAAGGAAAGAAGGGUUUAUCAAAGGAAGACAAUCAAGAAGGCCAUACAGAUGCAGUUCUUGACCUUUCAUGGAAUAAACAACUCAGAUCUGUGUUGGCGAGUGCAUCAGCUGAUCAUUCUGUAAUUCUUUGGGACAUGGCCAGGGGCACACCAGCAGCAAAUCUCUCUCUUCAUACAGACAAGGUGCAGACACUACAGUUUCAUCCCUUUGAAACACAGACUCUGAUUUCUGGUUCUUAUGACAAAUCAGCCAUUUUGUAUGACUGCAGAAGUCCACAGGAUAACCAUAGAAUUUGGCGUUUUAGUGGACAGGUUGAAAGAGUGACAUGGAAUCAUUUUUCCCCUCACCAUUUCUUAGCCAGCACAGAAGAUGGAUUUGUAUACUGUCUAGAUGCCCGUUCACAUAAACCAGUCUUCACAAUGAAAGCUCAUGAUGAAGAAGUAUCUGGACUACAGUUAAGCAGCCAAAUCAAAGGAUGUCUUGUUACAUCAUCAGCAGAUAAAUAUGUGAAAAUCUGGGACAUUUUAGGAGACAAACCUAGUUUGGUCCAUUCCAGGGAUAUGAAAAUGGGUGUCCUCUUCUGUGCAGCUUGUUGCCCAGACUUCCCAUUUGUCUAUGCUUUUGGAGGAGAGAGACAAGGACUACGUGUGUGGGACAUAAGCACAAUUUCUGCAGUGAAUGAAGUUUUUGGAAACCGACAGAGGCUAGUAGUUGCCCAAGCAAGUCAUGAAGCUGAAGCAAAAAUUUCUGCUAACAGUGGCGAAACUAUAACAGAACCAUGAUGUAGCUUAGCUUUCUAUGUAUUCAAAACAAAUAUAAUUUACUACCAUGACUACUA